GGCUGUGGGAACGUUGUGCCGUGGACCGCCGAAGGAGCAGCUCCGCGCUGGGAGUACAGCCAUCCAGUGGAUAUAUAUAUACAUUUGGCCUGAAGUGGGCAAAAGUGUGACAAACAGAACGGAAAGUUAGCAUACUUUUGCGAGUGACGAAUUUGGCCAAAAUCGCGGGUUCAUGUCCCUCGGCGCUGACAAAUCGAAGAUCUGAAAAUGUGACCUAAUUGAAAACGGGGAAACGGGUCGCAGUAACACGAGAAAAUAUACUUAUAUGUUUGAACGAGCAUAAGUACAUCUGUCAAUACAAGGAGGUAACCCGGGACAACGGAGCGUAUGCGUGUUGCCCAGGUCGGUGGCCUGACCACCAGCUCGGCGCUACAGCACGCGGAGCUCUAAGGAUUCAGGGAUUGAUGAAGCGACUAUUUGACAAUUUGUGCACUUCGAGAAACAGGAUUGCAGUUAUUUACACUCUGAGAAUUAUGAAGCUCUCUGACACCAUGGCCACUCCAAUAGAAGAAAAACUUGAUCAAAACCUGAAGGUGCGAACUGGCAUGGUCCAUGUGAGCGAUGGCAAAAGCCGACCAGAACCCCUGCGACUUAAUCUUACGAUGGAGUUACUUUCGCUCCAAAAGCUGGAAGUAGUCACCCCAAGUAGUUGUCAUCCCAAUGGACCGCCCAUGGAAUCAAAGGAACGAAUGGUUCAAAUUACGCGGCAAAAACAAGGCGGCCUAGGACUGAGCAUAAAAGGAGGCGCCGAGCACAAACUUCCCAUUUUGAUAUCGCGUAUCUAUAAGGAUCAGGCGGCGGACAUAACGGGUCAACUAUUUGUGGGCGAUGCCAUUAUCAAGGUGAAUGGGGAAUAUAUAACGGCAUGUCCCCACGACGAUGCAGUUAAUAUCUUAAGAAACGCCGGAGAUAUCGUGGUUCUCACGGUGAAGCAUUAUCGCGCUGCCACGCCUUUUCUUCAGAAGCAAUUAACCAAGGACACGCCCGAUUCGGACAACGACGCCACUUGCGCCGAACUGAAGGCAGACGAGGGCUACAAGUCAUCCGUGAACAGUGGAACCAUCAGUCGCAGUUGCAGUCGCCCCAUGUCAAUUUGCUCGGAGCCAGAAAAACGAUGGACAGACGUGGUGGCAGUACCCCUGAUGAUGGCCUAUGUGACGAGGUAUAUUUAUGGCACCGACAAGCUGCGCCAAAACGCCUUCGAAGUUCGUGGCCUAAAUGGCAUUACCACUGGUGUAAUACACUGCGAUGAAUUGGCCAUACUUAGCCAAUGGCUUAAACUGAUUACUGAUAAUGUGGUGGGACUAACGCAUUUACAGAUGAAGCUAUAUAAUAGAAACUUUGCUGUGGGUGAACGUAUCGAAUACAUGGGCUGGGUCAAUGAAGGGGUUAUCAACAACAAUAUAUCGUGGCAGAGUUAUAAACCCAGAUUUCUACUGCUCAAAGGCACCGAAGUAAUGCUUUUUGAAACGCCACCAUUAAAUGUGGCUGGCAUCAGCAAGGCUUUAGUGGUCUACAAGGUCUAUCAGACCAUGUUCCGAAUUGUCAAGGAAUCUGAGACUGUGGAUAGUCGCCAACAUUGUUUCCUGCUGCAAAGUUCGGGCCAUGAACCCCGCUAUUUGAGUGUGGAAACCCGUCAAGAGCUUUUAAGGAUCGAGAACAGCUGGAAUGCGGCCAUUGUGACUAGUGUUAUUAAACUGGGCCGUAAAACCUUUGCCGUUUCGCAUCAUGGCAAAAGUGGUGGACUCACAUUGGACUGGCAAGCUGGAUUUUCACUAACUGAAGGAGCGGAUUCCGCUAUAGUUUGGCAAUAUAAAUUCUCGCAAUUGAGGGGAUCCAGUGAUGACGGAAAGUCCAAGCUGAAACUGCAUUUUCAGGAUCACGAUAGUCGGGCAAUCGAAACUAAGGAACUGGAAUGUCAAGUCCUGCAAAGUCUGCUUUUCUGCAUGCACGCAUUCCUCACGGCCAAGGUGGCCUCGGUGGAUCCAGCGUUUUUGAGCUCAAUCCAACAGACAUAAAUCAAAAGAGGAGUAACAAGGAUUGCGGGACUCACACCCAAAUGAUAUAUAGGAUAUUCGUAAAGUGCAUAGCAAAUAACUCGAAUAUGAAUGUUGGACUAGGUAUCUCAUGCACACUAUGUGUCUGCUUGUACUUAUUAUUAUAAACAAGUGCGCGUAUAUAUGUAUGUUGAUCAGAAUGAUUGUAAUUGGAUAUUGAUAUGGAUAUAUUUAUAGCGCGGAUAAAAACUGAAAGUGAAAUCUCUUGGUGCAUUACAGUAAAUUUUAAGCAUACAUAAGGCAAUUACUUUAGGCAUUUUUCCUAUUACGUAGACUUGGUACUUAAAAACUGACAACAAAUUUAUAUUGUUUAUAAUCGAGAUUGUUUCCCAAUGUAGCCUUUAUAGUUGAAUUACCUAACUUACUUACGGAUUGAUAAAACCACAUAGGUCUGCCGAUUCUGAAUGUCAGAAGAUUGUCGCUUUUGCUAGCCUCAAAGGCUUUGUUUCGUGCUGUAUCCUCUAGAAAUAUUUCUCCGAAUGUUUAACGAACAAAUUAAUCGAAGUAUAAAAACAUGUUUUGUGUGCGCUCUAAUGAAAAUUUAAUUUUCGAAAAAAAAAAACGAAUGCUUUAAGGUCGGAUUAACGGUUAUUUUCUACUGAGGUAAUAGCUGACGUCAUAAUAGAUAAUAUACCUUAUUAAAUAUAUAAUAUAUAUAUAACAUCCACCGAACAAAUCUCAAUGCACAGACGUAAUAUGAACUAGAUUUUAUAACUGUUAUACAUCUAAUCGGAGCCAGUUAAGUGAUUCCAUCAGACGACACUCACUUAGGUCAUUUGUCAAUUCAGGAAGUGUCUUUCAGUGGCAAGAUCGUAUUUGUUGCUUAUGCAUAUUGCAUUGUACGUAUUGAUUUUAGGCGUUAUUGCACAACACACAUCUACAUAUUAACAUAUAAUUAAUAGUUAGUUAGCGAAUCAUCGACGAGCACAAAAGCCAUAUACAUAUUCUCGUAUGUAAACACACACAAAUAUCAAGUUGGCGCAUUCUCCAACCGCAUAAACAGGAUAUCUCUACAAAUAUGAAAGUACAUACAUAUAUGUAAUCCGCAUACCAAAGCAGAAGGAUCAGAAUCAAAAUAUUUACUGUACAUAUGCAUAGCUCUAUUGGGUUAGAAUCCGAUCUAUAGCACCGGAAAGUAUACCAUAACCGCAGAAAUAAUAUUUGCAUAUUAACACGAGGCAACAAGACACAAAAUGCACCCCAAAACCCGACCAACAUACGUAAUCUGCAUACACCGCAACAUGUUAUACGAGUAUCAAUUACCAGGGAGUUAGAGCUCCCCCAUCCGAACUAAUGAUACAUAACAUAUAUAUUUUUAAUGCAAAGCUUACAUAGUGCUGUAUGAAGUGCGCGACAUACAUACAUACAAAAAUAUAUAUGCCAUAUGUACCCCAAACUAAAAUACUACUCAAAAGCUGCGAUUCUGUGAAAGAGUUCAAUAUUUAUCUGGAACUGCGCUACUUGAUACGAGUCAUCGAUAUAGAAACCAUUUCAGUUGGUUCCGUUACCGUUCGUUCUCUCCUUACUUUUAUAUGUUACUAAUUGAAAUUAUUGUACAAGAAAACAAGGCAAAUUGGAAUAAAAACCCCCAAUAUCUAAUCAAGAA